GUUUCGCGUAGAGAGCCGCAAAUUGCCAGAAAGAAUCACUCACUCGUCAUGUUUAGUAGCUUAAUUGGAAAAGGUAGUGCGAUUGGGAAUAUUUCACUAUUAUAUAUGUCGUAGAUCUAUAUCUCCUUCACUAAUAGACACUACAACUACAAGCCUAGCCGACUUACCAUAUUACCAUAGUUAUAAUGACAAGUGAUAUUUCUCUUAAGAAGCUUGUGAGAAAAGCCAGAAGUAAAAAAUUAAUUAGUAAAAUAUUCUUGUCGUUAUAUGAGGAACUUAAUGCUAGGCAAUUAAUCUCCGACAAUGAAUAUACUACUGAAUUCUUACAAAUUGAUAUUAAUGAUGAAAGUAAUAAUGAUAAAGAAUAUCAAAUUAAAUUGGCUAUUGAUGUAUCAUUUAGUUCAGUGGAUCAAUUAACAAAAUUCUGGACAAAUUUAUCAAAAGUAUCACCAAAUUUACAAGUAUCUUAUAUUAUACAAGUUCAUAAAUUACUUAGUAGGAAACAAUCAAAGAUCGAUAAAGAAAUACUUAAGAGUUUAACUUUUACUCAACUUAAGCAAUAUAUAUCUAGUAUUAAUUUUGAUUCAAAAAGUUUAGAUGAAGGGGCCAACUCACUUAUAAAUCAAUUGACUCUUUUCACUAUAUCCUUUAUUAAGAAUGAUAAAUUAGAUAGUAUCAUUGAUGAUCUGUCAAUUAAAGCCUUAGUACUGGCUGUUGUUCGUUUACUUAAAUUACUGAAAUUAACUCAAUUAUUAACAUUUUUUAUAUCAAAAAUUAAGUCAAUUGUUAGUAUAGAUCAAAUCAAUGAAUUGGAAUCUCAAACGAAUCUGGAUUCAAAAUCUAUAGAAAAUGAUUCUUCCACUAGUUCUACUACCACAAAUUCUUCAGCAUCAACAUCUUCAGCUUUUAAAAAUCUUAAUAUCUCAAGUUUACCACCUGCCAAACUUGAGAAUUUUAAUGAUACGAGAAAGUUCUUGUGGUUUAGUAAAAUCAUGAAAGAUUGGAAGUUUGACAAUAAUGAGAAAUUCCUUAAAAGCUUUAUAAAUAAUUUUGUUCCUAAUCAAAAAAGGAAGAAUCCAUACUAUAUAACUUCCGAAUUAAUUAAGUCCUCAUUCAAAGGAUUUGGGUCAUCAGUAUUGAACAAUGAACCAAAGUAUAUUCUUUUUAAUUGGAAGAAUUUCAUUGUAUCAAGAAUUCCCAUUAUAUUACUAGAAUUAAAGAUCAGCAGUAAUGUAACCAAUAACAAUAAUAACAGCAACAAUAAUAAUAAUAAUAAUAAUAGUGAAGAAAUAGAUACCAUCGAUAGAGCUGUGUUGGUAGGGUUUAAUUCUCAGAGUGACUCAAUUAUCAAAGUUUUAACUAACUUAAAAAUUGGAAGUGUAAAAACUUAUGAUCUAAGACAACUUUUUGUAAAGAGUUUAAUCUUUAACAAAUUAUUACCACCAUCAGCAUUUCAAAAAUUCUUUCCUAUGGAAUCUAAAAUUACUCAUCAAGUAAUUAUGAAUGAAUUAAAUCAAUUCAAUUAUGAAUUAAAUAUUAAACAAAAAUUUAGAGAGAAAUUAAUUAAUAUUAAUGGUGAAUUUACAUCACUUGAAGAAUCAGGUUUAAUUUCUUAUUGUGAUUCUUUACCAACUUUAUUGGAACUUCUGUAUAAAAGACAAACUGAAUUAAGUUUAGUUGUAUUAGAUAUUAUGAAAGAUUUAAUUCAAUCAAAGCAACAUGAAAAAUUGAAUAGAUUACUUUUAUCAAUAUUAAAUAAUAUUCAAUUAUUAAAUAUAAUUGCAUUUAAUUCAACCCCGGAAAAGCUUUUAUUUUUAUUAAUUGACUUUAUUGAUUCUGAAUAUUAUGAUGUAGCCAAUGAUGAUGAUGAGAAUUUUCAAGAAUCAUAUUCUUAUUGUGGAGUUAUAAUAUUAGCCACUAUUCUUAUAAUUGAAACUUUUAAAAUUGAUUUAUCAUGUAUAUCAUUUAAAAAUUCAUUUCUUAUUGAAUAUAUUAAUGAUUUUUAUUAUAGAUUAUGUGAUAAUUUAACUAAUCAAGCUCCUUUAGCAGUAAAGGAUAAUGAAGAAGAUUCUAUUAUUAUAAUUAAUUAUAAUAAUUUAUUAACUGAUUGGGUUAAUGCAUUAUUUGAUGAUUCAAAUGAUGGUUUAUCAGAUGAAUUAAUUAAAUCUAUUGGAAUUAAACAAAUUUAUAAAUUAAUUCCUAUUGUAUAUCAACAAGCAAUAGUAGCUACUGAAUUUGGGAAAAUUGAUUUUAAAAUUUUAACUAAUGGUCUUGAUUAUUUAUCUCAAAUCUUUUUAAUUCCAUGUAUAAUAAGUAUAAUUCAAUGGUUAUUAAAGAAAAUUAGAAUAUCUAAACAAGAUAAUGAUAGUUUAUUUAUUAAAGUAUUAUUUGAAAUAAUUAAAUCUAAUAAUAAUAGUACAAGUCAUGAUUUAUCUACUUUAAUAUUUAAAACUAUUAUUAAUAUCAGUGGUAGUAAUAUACUUUUAACUUUAAAAAAGGUAAAAGAUUGGGAUAAUUCUACUAAAAUUAAAGAAAUUAUAAAUACAGUCACAGGAAUUUUAGAUCCAAAUUAUAUUGAAAUGGAUUCUUCUUUAAAGGAAAGUACUAAGACUCAAAAUCUUAAUUUAACAGAAGAAGUUAAGAAUCAUUUAAUUAAUUUUCAACUGAAUUUUGAAUCAUCUACUGGUACCCCACCUUAUGAUCAACAAACAUUCUUUUAUCAUAAAUAUCUUAAUAAUCAUGCCCCAGAAUUAGUUCGAUUAUUAAUAUUAGAAACUCAAGCAUUUCAAAAAUCAAAUAAUGAACUUACAAAAGUCUUUAUUAAUUUAGCAGUUUAUAUGAUAGUCAUAAAUCUGGUUGAAUCUAAUACUGAUAAACAGUAUUGGAAGAAUCAAUUACUGAAUACUUCAUAUGAAUCCAAUAAAAGUAGAAUUAAAUCUAACUGGAAAACUUUUGAUCAAAAGUUUAAUUUAAGUAUGGAAAGUCAUUAUUCUAGUAUAUUUAAUGAUUCAAAUUCUGAUCUGCAAUCAGCAAAUGGAACUGAAUUAAACCAAAAAAAGGAGGAAUCAGUAGAUGUUAUGGAUGGAUUCUCUUCAAUGUUAAAAGAUGUAGAUGAUGAUGAUAUGAUCCUUGGAGAUGAUGAUGAUUUAUUUAAUGAUAAGAAUAUUGGAGGAAUUGAUAGUUUACCAUUAACAGUAACUUCUUCGGAAGUGAAAACUAGUAUUAUUUAUGAAGAAUUUAAAAAUAAGAUUAAUCAAAAUAACAAUUUAUUGAGACAGUUUAAUGAAAUUCGUCUCCAUGAACCUGAAAGUACAUUAGGUAAGACAUUGAACAUAUUGAAUGAUAAGAUUAUUGAAGAAAUAAAUGCUUUAUAUUUCUGAAUGAAACUUUUAUAAGUAUAUAACUAUAUAUAUAUGUAUAUAACUAUAUAUAUAUAUUUAUCACUUGUGUAUAUGCUAUAGUAAUGCUAUU